AUGCUUCCCAACAUUUACAACGUUGAAUCGGAUGCUCUCGGACCUGGGCUCUCGCACAGUUCCUCCCGGUCCCCCAACUUCUAUAAAUCAACCAUUUAUGCUAAUCCGAAGAUGCUCGGCGAUUUUUAUCAAAAUCUGAAUUCGAUGCGAUCGUGAGUGUCCUUCGUUCCUCAUAUAGGACAAUUAUCCGUUUCCAGACAAAGAGAGUUGUGUGAUGUGAUUCUGGAAGCGUUCCCAGUGCAAAGCACGACUCCAGAAGACAGAAGAUUCGAGAUUUCGAAGGAUUCUCAACACAUUCAUGCUCACAGAGUCAUUCUUUCCGCUUCCAGUUCUUAUUUCCGGUAUUCCCUUCAUCUAGAAUGCUCAUUUUCACUCGCUGCCUCAUAUCAGAGCAAUGUUCACUGGGGGAUUGAGAGAGACUCGCCAGAAAGUGGUACCCAUCAAAGAGGUGGACGUCGAAGUUCUUUCCCAACUCAUCGACUACAUGUACACUGGCAGGAUGCGAAUCGACGAACAGAACGUGCACACGAUUCUCGCGACGGCCAGUCUCCUCCAAUUGACUUGCGUUCGCGACGCGGCCGCCCGUUUCAUGCUCGAACUGCUCGACAUCAGCAACUGCGUCGGAAUGACCGAAUUCGCGAAGGCGCACGCGUGCAAUCAACUGGCCCAUGCUUCUCAUUUGUACACAAGACAGCACUUUGUGUAGGCGAAAGAUAAACAUAACUUUGAGUAUCAUGAGGUUCAGGGAGAUAAUUGAUAACGAGGAACUGAUGAGUUUGGAUAAAGAGGCGUUCAGUGAACUGAUCAAAGACGACAGAAUUACGGUUCCGAACGAGGAGCCCGUGCUGCAGGCGGUGCUCAAUUGGGUCAACCACGACAGAGAGAGCCGUAAGGAGCACUUGGCAGAGUGAGUUGGAACAUGGAGACGGUAUCUAAGAUGAAAAGGAUUGGUCUUCAGAUUGAUAUCCAAUGUACGACUUCCUCUUCUCGGGGACAACUUUCUCUUUCGUAAAUGGCAGCACGAUGAAUUGGUGAGAGAGCGAAACAGAGAAAGAAUUGAAAGAAUCGAGGGAUGUUCAGAUAAAAAGCGAUGCCGCCUGUCUGAAUGUGAUCAUCAAGGGAAUGCACCAGAUAAAAACACACGGAGAGCUGCUGCUUCGGUUCAACGAUCCCAGAAACAGGUAAAUCUCUGGACUGGACUCCCAUCAAAUCUGGAAUUUCAGUGUGGAAAGGGAAGAAAAAGAGGAGGAGGACCUGCACGAGAAGUGGUUCGUGGCCCGGGAACCGAUGCCGGCCACUCAGGUACGUCUUCUUUUUCCCCUCCGUCUCCAUUUCCACCCGUUUCAGCACAUAAUGAUAGUGGGCGGACAGGCGCCGAAGGCCAUCACAAACGUGGAUUUGUUCGACCCAGACAGCCAGAUUUGGAACUCGUGCGCCUCGCUUCCGCAGAGAAGGUGCCGGAGCGGAGUGAGUCUUUGCAAGGGAUUCGUCUACACGACGGGGGGUUUCAACGGAGCGCAACGUGUCAAAUCGGUCGACUUCUACGAUCCACGGACUGACACGUGGAGGACGGCCAGCCAAAUGACCGCCCGAAGAUCCACGCACGGGAUAACCACGUGUCAGGGAGUAUUGUAUGCGGUCGGAGGUUUCGAUGGGACGACGGGACUCGCCAGUGCGGAGUACUUCGAUCCGCUCAGUGGUAACUGGUUCCCGCUGCCCUCUAUGGGCACCAGAAGAUCGAGUGUCGGCGUGGCGGCAGUUGGAGAUGACAUCUAUGCGAUUGGGGGAUUCGACGGCGUUUCGAAGCAAUGUCUGAAUACGGUGAGUGGUUCAAUUAACGGUGUUUCAUUAAGCGAACCGCAGAAACAAAAAUAAUUAUAAAGCAGGACUGGGUGAUAACGGGAUAAUAUAACAAACGGGAGGGAAUUAAUGCAGUAG